AUGCAGUCGCUCGGCGGCGCCGCCGCCGGCGCCUCCACAGACGACGCGGAGCCGUCGUCGUCCGCGCCUGCCGGCGGCGCCGGCGCGGCGGCGGCCGCGGUGGGCAUGCUGGGCGGCAUCGCGCUGCUGAUGGGCGGCGGCUAUCUGUUCAGGGAGCCGAUCAAGCACUUCCUGACAUUCUUUAUUGACGCGGUGGACGAGUGGGGCCCGGGCGGCUACGUGGCAUAUGCAGCUGUCUACACUGGGCUCGAGGUGCUGGCCGUGCCGGCGAUCCCCCUCACCAUGACCGCGGGCGUCAUCUUCGGCCCCCUCGUCGGCACAGCCAUCGUGUCUGGCAGCGCCACCCUGGCCGCCACCAUCGCCUUCCUCAUAGCCCGCUACGCGGCGCGCGACAAGAUCAUGUCAUUCGCGCGCCGCAACAAGCGCUUUGCCGCCGUCGACCGCGCGAUCAGCCAGAACGGCCUCAAGUUCGUGACGCUGCUGCGGCUGAGCCCGCUGCUGCCGCUGGCGGCGAGCAACUACCUGUACGGCCUGACCAGCGUCGAUUUGGGAAGCUACGUGCUUGGCAGCUGGAUAGGCAUGCUGCCCGGCACGUUUGCGUACGUCACCACCGGCCACGCGGGCAAGUCCGUGCUGCUUGAGGGCGGCGGUGGGGACGCGUUGAGCGUGGCGCCGUGGCAGGUCGGGCUGGGGAUUGCGGCGACUGUCGUGGCGCUCGGGUUCAUAGGGCAGCUGGCCAAGAAGGCGGUUGAGGAGGCAGAUGCAGAGGUGCGGGAGCAGGAGGAGGCGCGGGCCCUUCAGCAGCAGCAGGAGCAGCAGCAGGGGCAGGAGCAGCGGCAGGCGCAGGGGCAUGAGCAGGGGCAGGGGCAGGGGCAGGGGCAGCAGCAGGUCGGCGACGGCCACGGCCACGCUGUGGGGAAGGUGCUGGCGCGCGGCGGCGGCAACGGCAAGCGGGCGCACGGCGACGAGGAGGAGGGCGGCGGGCGGCAGGUGUGA